GAGAAAAGGCUUCCAGAUCUCUAUCUUUCUCUCCAAGCUAAAGAUUCACCGGGAGAUUCUUUCAGGGAAGGAUUGGCUUUCUUGACCUUGGCCUUUGGAGAGGAGAAGGCAGAGAAGAAAACGUCCUUCGCGCAAGUUUUUUUGCUUCCUACGCCCUUACUAGUAAAGUGGCUCUUCGACCAAGAAGGCAUUCUGGCCGACCACUAUAUAAACCGCCAUCAGUCCAGGAGAGAAGCAAGCCCGGCGGCCUUAGCCAUUCCAGGUCAUCUUCUUGACCGGACUUGGCGUCUAGAUUGGAUUCAUGAUAAGCAUGCACAAGUUCCAGUGGUGCCUUCUGCUCUCUUUUUUCCAACAAGACUUGAGAUCGUGGAAAGAAGCCUUUUUCCAGGGACGAGGCGAGUAGUUACCCAAUGGGCAGGCUUUGUUUUGCAAGCCCUUCACCUCCUUCUCUCUGGAAGAAAGGGUACGGAAUCGAAGUGGGGGACCUCUCUACCGCCUGUGUCUAUCUCCUGUGCCGAU